AUGGAAACACAAGAUGAUUUCGCAGCGGCCAAGUACCACGGCUCAGGUUCUCUCUACUAUGGGACCAUUCCCAAGUUCAAACCCAGAUGCACAGUUCUGCGAAGUGGAAGCAUUGAUUCGAACCUGCAGUUUUGUGGCAGCAGCUGGAUUGCUGAAGAAGGUGAGAACGGAAAUGGGGCGAUCUCUCCUGUGCCUGGCUGGUUCAGCAAAGGUAGUGUGCACGACCUCAGCACUGGGGCUGGAGGUUCUCCCUCCCGCCUUUCUCACGAAGCCAUGACCCAGGACCCCAGAGAGAGGGAUGUGAGCAGUGCUGCCCUGGAAACCAUUCAGAUCAAGGACAAGCUGAAGACAAGGAUGAUGUCUGAGGACCUGUUAGCCUCACAGAGAGGCCUGACUGACUGCAGUGACCCUAAGGGGGUUACCCAGAAGCCAGUAGUUUCUAGGUCACCUUCCCAGAGGCUCCUGGUAACCUCCAAGCCCAUGUCUCCUAUCCAGAACAGCCUUCCUUUCUCAGAGCCCACCAGGAUGAGCAAUGGAGAGCAGGAGCAUGGGGAAAACGCCACAGGCUGUGAUGACAGUGAUGGGAAUAACAAGGAGCUGAUGUCAGAGGGAAAAGGAUAUAAAGCUUCCCCACUGCCCUUCCCUUGCAGUGGUGGAGAUGGGAAGAAGUCACUGAGAGUGGAUUUGAUUCCCCCUAUCCCUAAAUCAGCAAGACCAUCUGAUGGGGCUCCUGGCAGCGCUGCAGUGCCUCUCCCAAGCUCUCAGCACCUGGUUUUCCAAGAGGGUCUGGAGAUGAGGCCAAGAUCAGGCAGCAACAGUGAAGAGAAGACCCUUGAAUCUCUAGAGCUCCAGACUCUGGAACCCGUCUUGCCUGUUCUCCAGCAUCAAACUGUUGGUGGCAUGAAGUCUCCCAGACAUUUAUGUGAACCCGUGCCCCAGUUAACUGGCCUCCCACUCAGCCAGGCCGAGAAGAUGGAUCAUCUCAUGAGUGCUCCCCUUCUGAGUGACGAUGACUUGAAGGACAGCAAUGGAAGGAUCCAUGUUACCUUGUCCAAGUCAGCUCAGAAGAAAAUACACCAGAAGCGAAUGAGACAGCUGGAGCUAUUGCGUAGAGAGAAGGAGAAAGAGAGAGAAGAGAAAAAGUCCUUGCAACUCCCUACACAGAGUGUUGACCCUGGGGAUGCAGCCGAAGAAAGUUUUGGCCUACCGCCUGUCAAUGGGACAGAUUUCACUUCCCCCAGCAUGAGCAAUGCACGCAGAAAGCGCGUUGGUAGUGCCUUGAGGAAGCGGGUCAACAGGCCCUCACUGCCCAGCAUCCCCGUCAUCAGAGAGCGUGGCAGAUUCCCACGCAAGUCCUCAGCGAUCUCGCUGCCAGCCAUUGCUCUGGACGUCCUGGAGGAGGAAGAGGAGCCAGAGGGUGGGAUCGCCGAGGAAGCCAGACCCUUCCCUCACCCACAGCAGGGGCUGCUCGAUGCGCUCACAUGGCUCAGCAGUGAUGACUGGGAACAGAAGAUGAAGGGACUCUUCAGUGUCAGACGCCUGGCUAUCUGCCACUCAGAAGUCCUUCUCUGUAGACUUCAUGAUGUUUCCUUGGCAGUUACCAAGGAGGUGAACAACCUCCGCUCAAAGGUGUCUCGCUUUGCAAUCAGCACUCUUGGAGAGCUCUUCAGGACCAUGACGAAAGACAUGGACCACGAGGUGGAUGAGGUUGCUCGGGUCUUGCUCCAGAGGAUGGGGGAUUCCAACGAGUUCAUUCAGAAAGCAGCCAAUCGAUCCCUGGGGAUCAUGGUGGGGACCGUGACUCCUGCACGAGCAAUGACUGCUUUCAUGGCUAUUGGAGUCCAGCACCGCAACGUCCUGGUGCGAAGGUGUGCGGCCAAACACCUAGUGACUGCGAUGGAGCGAAUCGGAGCUGAGAAGCUCCUGUCGGGCGCACGUGCCAGUACUGACGUCCUGGUGAGCACGCUGGUGAAGCUUGCUCAGGACUGUCAUCCGGACACAAGGUGUUAUGGACGGAGGAUGCUGAAUAUAUUGAUGAGUCAUCGAAAAUUUGAUAGGUAUUUGAAACAGUCUGUCCCCUCACGUGACUUGGAAGAUGUUAUGGCAACAGUUAAGCAGCAAGGGAUAGAAGAUCAUAAAUGUGAACGUCCACCUGUCAAGAACACCAGGAAGUCUAGGAACCGCGGCUUGAAGAUGUCCCAGGACAACUUGCCUUCUGAUGGAGGCUUGAAGUCUGGCUCUGAUAUAGACGUGUUACCCCAUCAGACAGUCCGUCGCACAUCACUUCGGACCGCGGAAGAAAUUGAACAGCUCAAGGAGCUUUUCAGGCUCCUGACAGCCACGGAGUUUCAGACACGAAUGGAGGGAGUGGACCUCCUCCUAGAUCACUGCAAAAGCAGCCCCCAGUUCGUCUCCACUAACAUUGUCCAGAUUUUUGAUAUUUUUGUCCUGAGACUUCAGGAUUGCAACAAGAAAGUGAACCAGCAGGCGCUGGAGGUGCUGGCUUUGAUGACACCCAUACUCAAAUAUGCCUUACACCCAGUGCUGGUCUCUCUGGUAGCAGCAGUCACUGACAACCUGAACUCAAAACGCUCAGGGAUUUAUGCUGCAGCUGUGAAAGUGCUGGAAGCAUCCAUUGCUCACCUAGAUAACGCAUUGCUGCUGCAAGCCUUGGCCCAGCGAGUGCGUUUCCUCAGUGGCCAAGCUCUGCUGGAUGUCACAGAACAUCUCUCAGUGCUUGUGGAAUCUGUUUAUCCUCGGAAACCCCAAGUCAUCAAGCACUACACCCUGCCCGCGCUCUGGUUCUUCCUGGAAAACAGGGUCCUGCCUACCCGAAGCAGCAAAGUCAGGGCUGUGGUCACCAAGCUUGCAGAUACCCUCUACCAAGUGAUGGGCUCCAGGCUGAAGGAGCAUGCCGCCAAGCAGCUUCCGUGUGUGGUGAAAAACCUCUGCGACAUUUUGGACCUGAAUGUUGAGUGA